AUGCAAAACGACCUUUUAGAUGAUUUUUGUGACUGUAUGGACCAGUGGAGCCGUGGUGAAGGAGAGUCUCUUCGCUAUGCCUUCGAUCUUGGAAAACUGUUAUUAAAAGCAAAUCAAAAAAAUAAGAAAAAAGAUGGAUCCACUCGCGGGAUCUUCAUUAUCGGUGAUCAGAGUUCUUCAAAGUCUACCACCGUGAAUAGCAUCAUCAAACAAGUCGCCCUUCAAAUGGGCAAUAAUACCGUCACUAAAAUUAGAACAUGGAUUGAGCAUCGAUACGAUUCAGAGCUUAAGGAUGCAAAGUAUGAACUGCUGAUAGAACAGCAAGGAAAACAAGAUAAUCCGAUUUUUAAAGACGGUACUCUACAGGAUUUAACCAGGGAAUUCACGAAACUAAACAAGGAACGUAUGGAUGAUAAAAAGGAUGCACGGAUUAUCAUUCAUUCCAACAUUCCAUCCUUUGCAAUCGAUUGCUGUGAUAAUCCGGGGCUGACGCCAACCAGUGCUGAAACGCAGAAGAUUACCGAUAAUAUUACGAGACGUACACUAGAAAUGGUGUUGGAACGUCAGAAGUCAAAAAAUGACAGUGUAGUGGUGUUAUGCAUCUCGGCACUGGUUUUUGAAAAUGCAUCUUGGCCGCGACAUAUGGAUCUGAUAGAAAAAAUCAAUGGCGACACACUGCUCGUCCUUAUAACAAGGAUGGAUCAACUCAAUAUUGGAGGAAUUGCCCAAGAGAUGAGGGCUGAUAAAGGCAUUAUUAAUGGGCUUCAUCGUUGUAGUCCUUUGGACAUCCUCAAGUAUAUUCGCAUGAAAAUUGAGCGUCAAGCUGGCUCUUAUAAAUUUCCAGAGGGUGUGCAAUUUUAUUAUGUAGCUUCCAGCAAUGAAAGUUGGGAUAAUUUGAUGGAGAAUGGGUGGAGCGCAUUUGAAAAAUCGGAAAACGAGAACAAUAAAACAUUGGAGAAAAUUCUAUAUAACGAAGAUGAAUGGCGUAGGUAUGGGAUUGAACUAGCUGAAAUGGGUCUGAUGCAGAGUGAAGAAUUAAAAAGUUCUGUCGGAAUGAAAAAAUUACAGGAAAGAUUGCAGCAGACCUUACAUAUCCACAUCGUGAAGGCUGCUGAAGAACUUAUAAAGGAUAUAUCGGAACGGAAAUCUAGCGCAAAUACAGAGCUGAAUCUAAAAAUGAAACGCCUCAAGCCAUCCAAAGAUCGAGCAGGGAUGAUAUCUGAAUUCUGCAAACAGUUUAUAUUAGUAUUCCAAACACUUUUUUCUUCACCGCUAUAUACCCCAACCAUUUACUCUGAUCCUUGGUUAAAAGAAUUUGGGGAAGGGAUCAAAAGGGCACGGGAAACUAGUGCAGACUAUGGAUGGUCAUUGAAGGAUAUGUGGGAAAUUUUUGCAACUCUUAGAGGCACCGACGGAUACGCAGAGUUUCCACCUGAAGAUUUUCAAGGCUCAAAUUUUCAUGAAUACAUCGAAAAAAUUGAGAAUUAUAUCUACCCUGUUAAUGAUCGUUUUAAUACAGCACAGAUGCUAAUACAACGAUUAAUACAAGAAUUUACCAUGCGAUCAACUUUAAUAGAUCUACCUAUGCUUAAUGUUGACGAAUUCGUUUCACGUCAAGUGCAAGCGUCAACGUCGAGCAAAUUAAGUUUUGGUGAGGCCGUUGAACAAAAGAUCAGUUGUGAUUAUGUCCGGAUUUUCCAUGAAUCUGAAAAGGGGAAUGUUGCAGGAAAUCCUGUUGUGCACGGAGGUAAUCAAUGGGUGGCUAUCUUUGGGGCCUUGUGUCUAUUAUUACAUGCAGAAUAUGCUGUCCGUAUUAUGCGCGACACUGCUUUUUCUUCCUUGUUACAAGUUCAAAGUGAUAACCCUAUGCAAGGGAUCUUGGUCUCUAAAUUUGAACAGUACUGGAGCUUGAGUCAGAGCUACAAAAAUAAAAAUUCGACGGAUAAGCAAAGUUCGGAGGAUCAAAUUGCAAACAUUAUGAAGAAGAUGAUAAAAGAUAAAAUGAAUUCUAAAAAAUCUUCACCUAAAAUAAACAAAGUAUUGCCGAUUGAAGAUCUUUCGUGGGCACUCUAUUCCAUGUUCUUUGAGGGCCCAUAUAAUCAUUUUAAGAAGACAUUUGAUGCACGUACUGAUCUAUUGGUGAUGACUCAUUCUACGUCACUUGUUCAUUUUUAUCAGUUGAGUGGCAUCUGCGUGUAUCAGGAUGAAGAGUACUUAAUCAAAUGGGCGGCAGAUAAUCCAAAUUCGGCAUAUGCGAGGGCUUUUCUGAUUACGGAACCGGAAGUCAAGGAAGGUGUAGAGGCCCUUUCAAAAGUAGUGGAAUCGCUUUAUCUUACCUUUGUGAGAGAAAACCUGCAAAAAAUCCAUAGAGGGAAAAAGAUUGAUAAUGAAUCUAAGGGCAAAACAGAGGACUAUUCCGAUAUUUUUUCAAACCUCUCGGAAGCAUUAACUGAACGAGUCAGAGCCAUUGUAAAAGGUAGACCAAUAGAUACAGAAGAUAAGGUAAAACUAUUCGUAAAUCUCGCGGAUAUGGGCAAAAAUCCGGACACGUUCGAAGAGCCUGAGAGUAAGACCCGUUUUUCCGAAAAAGAAGAAGCUUCCGUGAAUUACAUCUAUAAACGUCGUUUGACGAUGGGAAUUACAAGUAGUGUUAUCGACGCCACUCAGCAGCUUGUUAAAGUGCAAUAUGAAUACAGUCAUCCACAAACUGCCCCAACCCGGCAACGUGAACUACUUGGUCGUGUCGCAUCACUGAUGCUUGGAUAUGGGUAUCCCUAUCAUCCUGAUUCUCGCCCUUCAUCAAAAUGGUACCUCUCGCUAAAGGUGAUCGUCAAAUUUCUUCAAGCAAACGAAGAUGUCUUUGAAGCUAUGUCUAGCUCUCCUGAGGAAGAAUUCGACUAUAAAGACUAUAAAGCUUUACUUGAUAUUCGAUUACUAGAUUCACCGAUUGUCAAACGCAUUAUCUCCUUGUGCAGAUCUAUCGAUACUGAUAACAAUGAGCAUAAUUUCAGAACAGUGUCAAAUUAUAUCAAACGGCUUGAAGAUACAAAACGUGACGAUGAGGAUGCAUAUAUAAUUGAGUUUCUUGCCGACGAACGAUUCAAUUGGCAGCCAGACGAGGAAUCUCUAAAAAGAAGAGUAGAUGCUUUAAAUGAUGUUAUAAACAAAUGCAGUAAAUGGCAUUAUUAUCUUGAAGAAUACAACAAAAUUGCGGAAAAAGUCUUGAUGGGUAAGGAUGACAUAAAACCCGAAAUAGAUUUUAACGAGGAGGAAUUUUAUAGCAAGCUUGAUGAAUCUGCCGAUGAGGAUGACGAAUGA